GUGGCCAGAAUCCGGCACUCCAAGCGCUGCUGUCUUCUCACGGGGUCUUGAAGCCAGAGCAGCGCCAGGAUGUCACAGAAGCUGGCCCUACUGCUUCUUCUCCUCCUCUCCAUCCACAGUGCCCUGGCCCUGAGGAUCUGCUCCUUCAACGUCAGGUCCUUUGGGGACAGCAAGCAGGAAGACCAGAAUGCAAUGGAUGUCAUUGUGAAGGUCAUCAAACGCUGUGACAUCAUACUCCUGAUGGAAAUCAAGGAUAGCAACAACAGGAUCUGCCCCGUACUGAUGGAGAAGCUGAAUGGAAAUUCAAGGAGAGGCAUAACGUACAACUAUGUGAUUAGCUCUCGGCUUGGAAGAAACAUAUAUAAAGAACAAUAUGCCUUUCUCUACAAGGAAAAGCUGGUAUCUGUGAAGAAGAGCUAUCACUACCACGACUAUCAGGAUGGAGAUGUAGACGUGUUUUCCAGGGAGCCCUUUGUGGUCUGGUUCCAGUCGCCCCACACUGCUGUCAAAGACUUCGUGAUUAUCCCCCUGCACACCACCCCAGAGACAUCCGUUAAAGAGAUCGACGAGUUGGUUGAUGUCUACGUGGAUGUGAAACACCGCUGGAAGGCAGAGAAUUUCAUUUUCAUGGGUGACUUCAAUGCAGGCUGCAGCUAUGUCCCCAAGAAGGCCUGGAAGAACAUCCGCUUGAGGACCGACCCCAGGUUCGUUUGGCUGAUCGGGGACCAAGAGGAUACCACGGUGAAGAGGAGCACCAAGUGUGCAUAUGACAGGAUUGUGCUUAGAGGACAAGAAAUCAUCAGUUCUGUUGUUCCCAAGUCAAACAGUGUUUUUGACUUCCAGAAAGCUUACAAGCUGACUGAAGAGGAGGCCCUGGAUGUCAGCGACCACUUUCCAGUUGAAUUUAAACUACAGUCUUCAAGGGCCUUCACCAACAGCAAAAAAUCUGUCACUGUAAGGAAGAAAACAAAGAGCAAACGCUCCUAGAUCCAAGGGUGUCAUCUUAUUAACCAUUUCUUGCCUCUAAAUAAAAUGUCUUUAACAGA